GUGCAGGAGUGGCUUACAAGAAGAAAUAAGAAACAUUAUUUCAAAUCCUUUUCUCCUACAACCUGCUCAGAUGGAACUUCCAGAAGCCCUGGGGAAGAAAGCUGUAACUUUACAAUGCGAAUCCGUGAAAGGCAGCUGCAAUGUUUUCUUGGUUGGAACAUGUCAUGUCUCUUCACAAUCUUGCAAGGAUGUUGAAGCAAUCAUUGGCUUCUUGAAACCAGAUUUUGUAUUCCUAGAGUUGUGUGAAAGCAGAUCAUACUUCUUGCAUCCUCAAACACCUGAAAUUGUAAAAGUACCCAGUUUUACUGAUGCUAUGGUUGCUAUGUGGAAGGAUAGCAAUAUUAACGCUUUCGAAAUUCUUUUCAGCUUGAUUACGGCAAAGUUUGGGAAGAAACUUAAAGUUUUUCCUGGCUCUGAGUUCCUAAGUGCAUACAGAGAAGCAAAGAAAUAUGGUGGUGAGGUCAUAUUGGGUGACAGACCUAUUGAGAUAACUUGCCAAAGGACAUGGUCACAGAUGAGCUUCUGGUAUAAAACUAAGUUUGUUGUCAUCUGUCUAUUAAUGUUACCUAUUGCGGCCUUCUUAUCAGUAGAUGUGGAUGCAAUUACUGGAAAUAAUCAAAUCUUGGAAAGGGAAUUCCCAAGUAUGGCAGAGACAAUGAUUCAUGAGAGGGACUUGUAUAUGGCCUCUAGAUUGUUUGAAGUUGCAAAGGAAUGUAAAUCAGUUGUAGCAGUUGUGGGAAAGAGCCAUGUUGCUGGAAUUCAGAAAAAUUGGAAGAAACCCACUGCAAUGGAAGUGAAGGCUGCAAUAUCUUCAUAAGCUGUGAAGCUUUGGACUUCAGUUGCUCUGGCUGCUGUUGGAAUUGCCUUUUUUUUCAGUUAUAUGGUUGAAGCGUUGAGAAUAGUAUGAUGGGCACUUGACUGGUUGUGUGUUUUCGACAUUAUUCUACUAUUUCACUUAUCUUUCUG